CAGGAGGCGAGGGACGCAGAGGACGCACAGCAGAGCCUUCACACCGUUAGAAGAGCACCAUGUCUGUGUCGUCGCACACUCGUGUUGUGUCGUCGCACACUCGUGUUGUGUCAGAGGAGGAGCGACACCAGCGCAGCCACCUACAGUUCUACCCCAGUGUCACCAGGCACCACAACGGCUCCCUCCAGAGCGGCAGCACCACCCGCCUGAACAACAGCAGCAGCAGCAGCAGCACCCACUGGCCCCCGCCCCCCGCCCACCACCAGCGAGCCCCGUCCCAAACCAGGAGCUACAGUCACUCUCACUUUGGGCCGCACACACAGGCGCAGAGGUUCAGCUGUCAGCUCUCCAACAACAGCCUCUCCACCAUGAACAGGAGCAGUGAAAGGAUCGGAGUCCAGGUACCGGGAGCGAAGUUUGUGAAGGAGCCGCUCUAUCCCAAAGCACCGCAUCAGACCGACUUAAGCCAGAAGUUGACGUUGUGCAGUAAGUUGUGUUUCGCCAUUGGAGGAGCUCCCAAAGAAGUCGCUGCCAGUGCCACGGCCUUUUUUCUGCAAAUAUACCUGCUGGAUGUGGCCCAGAUCAAUGCCUUCCAGGCCUCCAUGGUGCUGUUCAUUGGGAAAGCCUGGGGCGCGGUCACGGAUCCCGUCAUCGGAUUCUUCAUCACCAAAACCGGAUGGACCCGGAUCGGGAGACUCAUGCCCUGGAUGAUCGGCUGCACUCCAUUCCUAAUAAUCGCUUACUUCUACCUCUGGUUCGUCCCUCCGUUCCUUAACUACCGGUUUAUCUGGUAUCUGGGCUUCUACUGCCUCUACCAGACCCUGAUCACCUGUUUCCAUGUGCCUUAUUCGGCUCUCACCAUGUUCCUGAGCACAGAACAGAAGGAAAGAGACUCAGCCACUGCCUACAGAAUGACGAUGGAGGUGAUGGGGACUCUCGUCGGCGCCGCCAUCCAGGGCCAGAUCGUCGCCAGCGCUCACACCCGAAAGCACUGCCACAACCUGACUACAGCCGUCGCCGGUUUCCACGGCAACAUCAGCCACACAGAGAUCGUGCGGCGCCUGGUGCCCUCCCAAGACUACCUGUCACAAGCUAAGGAGGUGUACAUGAUCGCAGCCGGGGUCAUCUGCGGCAUCUUCCUCAUCUGCACGCUCGUCAUGUUUGUGGGAGUCAGAGAGAGAGAUGAUCCGUACGGCCCCAAGUCUGACAAGCAGGUCUCGUUUUAUAAAGGCUUCAUUCUGGUGAUGAGACACGGGCCCUAUCUCACCCUCACUGCAGCGUUCCUCUUCAUCACAGUCGCUAUACAGCUGGUACAGAGCAACUUCGUCCUCUUCUGCACCUACGCGGCCGAUUUGAAGGAUCACUUUCAGAACAUAGUCCUCACCAUUCUGGUUUCGGCGGUCAUCAGCAUCCCUCUUUGGCAAUGGUUCCUGGAGAGAUUUGGAAAGAAGACGGCAGCCUUUUGUGGCAUAACUUGGAUCAUGCCGUUCACCCUGAUGCUCGUGUUCAUCCCUAACGUGGUGGUGGCUUAUGUGGUGGCUGUGUCUUCAGGGCUCAGUGUCGCCGCUUCCCUCCUUCUGCCCUGGUCGAUGCUCCCUGACGUUGUGGACGACUUCAGACUGGCUAACCCCUUCUCCCGAGGCCACGAAGCUAUAUUUUACUCCUUCUAUGUGUUUUUCACCAAGUUCGCUUCCAGCAUCUCCCUGGGGGUCUCCACGCUCUGUCUGGAGUUCGCCGGUUACGACACUGGUGCGUGUAAGCAGCCGGCCCCCGUGGUGUACACGCUGAAGCUGCUCAUCGGCGCCGCCCCGGUGGCCUUCAUCGUCACAGGGUUAAUGAUCCUCCUGCUGUAUCCGAUCAGUGAAGAUGUGAGACUCAGGAACAAAGUGUGCCUGGAGGAGCUGCGGAAACAAAGCAUCAGCUCCAGAACUAUGGAGGACCUGAACCACGUGUGAUGGGGCCACAUUUACAAACCUGUUCCAGUCCAAAGCUGGAAGUUGUUCAAUAGUGUAUAUUACACUGGUACCUGGAUCUAUUGUUUUAAUGUAAACAUUUCUGUUUAUUUUCUCAUUGACAUGUACUGUAUAGUAUUCUCGGAUAUAUCUAUGAAUUUUUAAUUUAUAUAAAUGAAUGUACUAUUUGCUGUGCUCAGCUCUACAACACUAUUUAUUUAUGAAUGAUCAUUAUAAGGGGUGACGAGACAAUAAACGUUGUAGAAACUGCA